CGCUGGCUUGAGGUUCUAUGCAGGUGGUGCUCAGUGGGCUGCUCCCCUCCCCCCAUCCCAGGAGGACUCCGGUGUCCACCUCCUACAACUCCUGGGAAGAUGGAGUGGAACAGAGCAGGAAGGGACAGCAGAUGUUGGCAGUGCUGUGGUGGGGCCUGUGGUAGGACAGAAGGCUGCAGCCCUGGAACUCCCAGUUCAGGUCAUUGCAGGGGCAGCCCCCAAGUGUGGGUACCUCAGGAAGAUAAACAGGCAAUGAUGGGGCUCCCUGUGCCACCUUGUGUUCAAAUAAAGAGGACUUCACAGUGGUGCUAUAAUAAAAUGGCAGAGGAAGAAAGGAGGGGUGGGAGGUGCAGGUUGCCUGGGACUUGGGACCGUUACGGCAGGUGGCAGAGGGCCCUGGCACCCCUGGUUCUGGGGCAGUUCUGCCAGAGCCCUGCCCUCUUCACCUGGGCCCUGGGGAGAACACAGGCCCCACUUCUGGUGACCUUUAAUGAAGCCAGGGCUGAGGACCCUGACCCCUGCCACAGCAGAGCCACUUGGGAUUGGCUGGCAGGAUUCUGUGACAUCACAGUCACUGAGAACUGUGCACUCUGGGUUGUCGGCAACCAGUGGCCAGUAGUGCUUCUACUGCCCAACUGACCAGGUGUUGGUAGCGUAGGCAGGAGGCACAUUUGCUAGAAUCCAGUGGAUUCUCGACAGAGAUUGGAUUUGGACGCCCUGAGGUCUGGCAGCGCCCAGGAGUGAGCAGCAAUCAUCAUGAAAUAUGAGAAGGAACCCCGUAAAGGGGCCCAGUUUCAGCUGGAAGAAGAGGAUGACGAGAGUGGAGCCCUCAUCCCAGAUUUGGAUUCCUGCGGUGAGUUUUCUGCACCCUGAUCCACCCAGGAGAGGGACCAGGGUCAGAAACCCCACCAUUAGGUAGCACAUCUGUCCCCAGGCCCCCUCCUUGAUCCAAGCUGUGGUCAUAGGCAGGCACUGGUCAGCGCUUGGCCAGAGCCGAGUGACCCUGUGACUCAGAGCUGCAGGCAGGGACAGAGUGGGACGUGGGGCAAGCAGGGGCACUCUUACUCUGAGGCCUCUGUUCAUGUUAAGUUGAGGGGUGGCCUGAGGGUCCUGCUGUGCUCCCAGGGGACACAACCGGGUCACCAGCAUUCCAGAGCUGUGGCCACAGGUUCAGGAAAGCACCCUAGAAGGUGGGCAGUUGUCCAGGAGGUACCUGGGUCUCAGGGGCCAAGCUAAAGGCUUUUUAAGGCCUGGCCUGAGGGACAGCCAGGGGUGUGACCUCAGGGCUCCGAACCUGCCUGCAGGCUUCCCCAGUACAGACUGGGGCAGAGGGGUUUGCAGCAGAGGGCCCUGCCCCCGGGUCUGUGCUGUGAGGAGUGGGGCCUGGGGGCACGAGUCAGACUUGGAGGCUGUUCCCACAGAUGUCAGAGAGAGCGGCCCCAUGGCUGGAGGGUGGGCUCCGGUGACCUAGAGGGAUGGAGCCGUCUCGGGCCGUCUCUGGCGUGACUCAGCAGCCCACCUUAGUAUGGGAUAGGGGGUUCUGGCUCCAUGUUGUGUCAGAACCUGGAGAAAAAGCAGGAGCCAAGUGGUGGAGAGAUGGCCACGAUCCGGGCUGACAGCGGAGGCUGAGGGGUUAGCAGGUACCUCAGGCAGCCAGUAACCGGGGGGGAGGGUGUAUGGGGGGACCCUGGGGGUGUGGUGGUCCCAGGUGCCUCGAGCCCAGCUGCACACUCACAGCACUGGCAGUUCCUGCCUGGCACUGGGCUCCCUGUGCUCAUGGUCACAGACCCUGCUGGGUGUCUGCCUGCAGCAUGGCUGCUGCCUCCCUGCCCUUCUCUGUGCCCUGGGCUGCACCUCAGCAGGGUGAGGAGGACACAGGUCCUGUCCACACCUUGCUGAGGAAGUGGACCAUGCGUGGUUCAGUGCCCAUUCUCAUGGUGUUGUCUCUCUGCCUUUCAGUAAGCAGAAGCCGCCCAGGCAUGGAUGGCUGGCAGUGCAAUGGGUAAGCUGACAUUGGCCAUGGACUCUUCAUCUAGGAGGCAGAACUAGCAGGCCUGUGUGUAUGGGCAGUGGUUAGAGGAGUGCUAUAUGGUCCUCCAGGGACAGCAGUCCCCAGGAGAUCUGUUGAGGCCCACAUGCCCCAGUGCAGGCCUGCAGCUCUGGGGUCCCUGCCUGUGGGCCACUGUGACCCACUUGCCUGGAUGAGAUGGGACUGGCUUGAGGAUGCUUGUCCUGUGGACAGAGCUCAAGCCCCUAGGCUCCCCUAGUUGGAAGGUCUGGGUGCCGUGGUCUGCCCCUUUGCUGGCUCCUCCCAGCUGAAUUGUCCACAGCCUCCUGAGCUGCACCCAUGGCCUCUCUCAGAGGACACUGCUGGGCUCACGCCAUCCUGUCUCCAUUCCCAGCGUAAACAUCAGGAGGGCCGCCGACUGCAAAAAUGGAACAAGGUUCUGUGAAAUUUCACCAAAUACCGCAGCAGCAAGAAGUUCCACUGGAGAAUUGAGAAAGGCAUCCCCGCCCAGGUGAGCGGCAAGAUGUGGGCCAUGCUGCUCUCUGUGGAUACCAGGAAGGCCCAGAACCAUGGCAAAUUUGAGGUAUGGCUCUGCGUGCAACCCGAGGCAGCCGACCCAUUCGGGAAUGAUGAGGAGCCCAAGGCUCCCGCGUGGUGGACAAGUAAUGGCAAGGAGGAGUGGUCAUUUGCUUGGGGCCCCCACCCGGCCCUCCCCUCUACCUCACACAUGUCUCCCCAGAGUCCUCCUCCAUGUCUCCCCACAUGCAAAUGGGCCUGGACAAAAGGAUUUGAUCAGGGCCACAGCCCUCAUCCCUGUGGUCCGGCCUUGCCUCUAGGCCCAGGACUGCCCAGUGCCAUUUUGCUGGGUCCUGGAUGGAUAGAGACAGCCUGGAAUGAGGUGGAAGUCCUGUGUGCUAGGGCCCUCAGCUGGCCCUGUCCCAAACAGCCCUCCCCACACCUGACCCUGCAUGUGUGUUUCUUAUGCUCGCCGGGCCCUGCCCUCACCUGGGCCUUCUCAUGCCUGGCCUGGCCUCAGCUCACCCAGCCCCCACCAGGCCUGCUGGUUCCAUCGGUCAGUCAGCUCUCAACUGCUUCUGGGAAUGAGGGCUGAUCUAUCAGAGGGCUGGCCCAGGGCUGACUGUCACCUCCCUGGCUGACGUCAGGGAGCAAGGAGCAACUGAGCCGCCAGCCCUGCCCUCCCCCAAGUCUUCAAGUGGGGGCUGCCCCUGGGGGCAGCUCCAAGUCCAAGAAGGGCAUCCAAUUUCUUGGUGGUGAUGGGGCUCUCCUGCAGGGGGCAUCCUGAAGGCUGGUCAGGGUGAGGCUGACUCCUGUCCUGUGGGGCCUGAGAGGCCAGUGAGGAGGCUCGGAGGCCUGAUUUGGUCUCUCCUGCUGCGGGAGGCAGAAGUAGUGCAGAAGGACAUUGGCAGAGCCCCUGGCCUCAGGCUGACUGUAGCAGGUCCUCAGUGGCCCCCUCUGCUGGGAACUCGGGGUGGUGUGGGCACUAAGGUGAAUGGGGAACCCAUGACCCUCCCUGGAUCAGGGGAACCAGCUUCCCCCAGGGGGAACUCUGCCUGCCAACCAGAAGAGCUGAUGUGGCUUUGGGGUGCUUGUGUGGCAGUGGGGGUUGGCUGGUCCUGAGGCCGGCCCCUCCCCCUCGGCCCUGUCCUGCAGGAGAUGAAGGAACCAGCCAGGUUAUGCUCAGAUCAGGUCCAACAGAUCGAUGAAGAGGUGGCAUGCAUGUUCAGAAGUCACGUGAUGUUCUGAGAGAGAUAUGGAGCCAAGACUUGGGCUACAGCCAGGGCCUAAGCCACGUGGCAGCCCUGCUGCUGAUGUGGCUGAGUGAAGAGGAUGCUUUUUGGGCCCUGGUCCAGCUCAUGGAGGACAGCCAGCACGCGAUGCAUGAUUUCUACACACCAGACUGCCCAAAACUGGAGCGAUUCCAGCACCACCUGGGAGAUAUCAUGCAUCGCGUGCUCCCCUCCCUGGAGAAACACCUGGAGAAGGAGGGUGUGUACCUUGAGGACUACACCACCCACUGGUACAUCCAGUGCUUCCUGGGUGGGGUGCCGUUCCCCCUGGCACUUAGGAUGUGGGAUAUCUACAUCCUUGAGGGUGAACAUGUACUCACCAUGAUGGCCUAUACGGUCCUCAAGAUCCAUCAAAAGCACCUGCUGAAGAUGUCCAGGGACCACAUCCAUGGGUUCCUGCAGGUGACCCUGAGGCAGGCCUGGGCAUUGAGCGAGGAUGUGGUCAUCAGGCAGUUGCGGGCUUCCAUGCGUGAGCUGGGGAAGCUCCAGUGCCUCCUGCCUCCCGAAGCAAAGCCAAUGGAAGAUUGCAGCCCGGCCCUGCAGGUGCCGCCUGGCUCUCAGGAGCGCGCUCCCCCACCAGUGUCCCUCAAGUGCAAGACCAUUGUUGAGGAGAGCAAAGGCUGCCACCCCACUGCUGCAGCUCCCCAGGAGCCAGUGGGGGCUUCAGCUUCUGUCCCUGAGGAGACCGGUCCUCUCAGAUCUACCAUCCAGCCUGACUCCAAGCAAGAUGCCAAGGAGGAGAAGGGCAGUCGUGGUGAGAGCAGCACCCAGCCCUGCGGCCAGGGCUCCUCCAAGGGGGCCUCAGGUUCAGGGAAUGCCGCUCACCUCUCGGGCCCCCAGUGCUCCUGGCUGGCUGAGCCAGGCCCCCUCUGGCGCUGGACUUCCCUGAUCAAACUCAACGUGACCUUCAAAGAUGACAACCCCGACUCUGAUGAUGAGGAGUACUCCAGCUGCCUGGAGGAGCAGAAAGAAGAUGAAGAGGAGGAAGAAGAGGAGGAAGACCGGGCUGCUGAGUGCCCUGCGUCUCCCUGGCCAAAGCUGCGGCGGGAUCUGGCAUUCGUCCUGCCCGAGAAGAUUUUUGAAGAGGACGAGGAGGGAGGCCAUGAAGAGGGCGCCUCCCCGGAGCCCUCAUCCCCAGCCCUGUCUGUGAAGUCCUCAGAGUCUCUGCUUGGCCCGGGCCUCCCGGCCCCACAGAGCUUGCAGAGCAGGGGAGACCUGUCCCGAUGGGGUGGCCUCCCAAAUCUCAGCCCGCCUGUCAAUGGCGCUGAUUUCUGGCCCCUGGAGCUGGGUGGCCAGUAGGGGCUCAGGGCCCCUCCCCCACCUGCCUUGGAGCCCCUGGAUCCCGGGUCCAUGCAGGCUGUGCUGGCCCUGGGAGCAGAGCUGAAGACUCCCUCCCUGCAUAGGAGUCCCAUGCAGUCUGGGGACAGUCACGGGCUGGAGCCUGCAGGAGCCAGCCCUGUGCUGGGAGACCAGGCCUGCGUGCCCUCCCUGGCUGGAGGCCUCCUUGCUGCCCACUCCAUGGAGCAGCUGGAUGUGUGUGGGUGCCUGGAGGGGAAGAAGAGCCCAGCAGGUGUCCAGCUCAGACGGGCCAGAAGCCUAGCUUCUUUAUGCAAGGCGGCCUCCACCACCAUGGAGGAGGCUCCUCUCUAGAGCUCCCCUACCCUACCCUGAGCAGCCUCACGCUAGCUCAUCUCGGGCCAGAAGCCUAGCUUGUCUAUGCCCGGUGGCCUCACCAAUUGAUAAGGCUCUUCUCUGGAGCUCCUCUCCCCCUUCCUGAGUGGCCUCAUCCUGCCUCAUAUCGGGCCAAGGAUCCAGAUGUUGGGAGAAGAGACUCCUGGCUCAGAGGCUCCUGGCCUGGAGCCUCCACAGGGAAGGAGUCUGGAACCCUGCCUUGGGCAGAGAUAGCAUCCCAGUUCUCCAAGGGUUGCAACACUUGUAGCCCCUUCCUCAACCCACAUGACCUCUAAAAGGUGACUAGGCCCUGUUCAUCAGAAGCCACCUGGGUCAUCCCAAUGGGGCAGGUUAGGCCAUAGCCAUUUUUCCCUGGAUCUGGGAGGCCCAGGAUUCUCUAGGUGUUGUGUCUGGUUUGGAGCUGACCACUCUGUACUGUGUUCUCGAAUGAGCCAUGGCUGUGUCAGUGACAGGACCCCAAGGGCUCAGAAUCACUGGUCCUCACAGGGUGCUUUUUGCAGAAUCAUGCUGAGGCCAGAAGGUGAUGAGAUAGACUGUGACAACUGCCUCAUCUCUCCAGGCUGGGGAACCACAGCCAUGGGCCAGUCCUGUGUCUGCCUCCGUUCCAAGGCUAGUCCUUCUUGUUCCUGGGAACCAUAAGAUCACGUUUUGGAGUCUUCACCUGCUUCUUCUCCUCAUCUGGGGGAAGAUGUGAGCUACAGGAUGAGCUUGCAGGCAAGGCUGCUACAGGGCAGGCAAAGUGGAUGGGAAGGCCCCUGUCCAGGUCAAGCCUGUCCUGUGCUCCCUGCUCUGCCCUGGCUUCCUGGGUGGACCACAGUGUACUCAGCAAUGUGCAGGCAGUCCACCUGUCCAGGCGGAUGCCCUAAACAGUGUUACUAAUGGGAACACACACCUAGAGACUUUCCUGGUGCCUAUGGCCUCCAACCAUCCUCCCCUGGCCAGCCAUAUGGAGGGUGACCUGCAGGCAUCCAUCUCCAUUGAAAGCCACCUGCCUUUGGUGACAGUCCUUUGCCCUCUCGUGGAAUGGAUAUUUCGCAAACCUGGUUCCCUUAAGAAGACUUUCUCCAUUGUAUCACUUUGCUUUCCUGUCAAAGGUCUGAUAACUGUAUUCAUGAAGGUCUCUUCUGGGGUUACCAUUCUGACUCUCACCAGUCCCACAUUGCCAUGAUUGGCUGUCUCAUAAGUUAGUGAAGCUGUGACACAUCAGUCCUCCAGUGUGUUCAUCUUCAAUUAUGGGCGGUGGGAUGUUCGGGGUAUCUUCAUCCCCACACACAUUUUAAAAUCAGUUUGGUAAUUGUAAAACAUCUUGAUAGGAUUUUUUAAAAAUAUGUAUUUAUUUCACAGAGUUACACAGAGAAGGAGAGGCAGAGAGAGACAGAGCGAGAGAGAGAGAGAGAGAGGUCUUCCAUCUGCUGGUUCACUCCCCAAUUGGCCACAACAGCUGGAACUGUGCUGAUCUGAAGCCAGGAGCCCUGACCUUCAUCUGAUUCUCCCAUAUGGAUGGUAGGGGCCCAAGCACUUGGACCAUCUUCUACUGCUUUCCCAGGCCAUAGUAGAGAGCUAGAUUGGAAGUGGAGCAGCCAGGACUCAAACCAGCGCCUGUAUGGAAUGCCAGCAUCCGCUACGUCACAGCGCUGGCCCCGUUGAUAGGAUUUUGAUUGAGACUGUGUUGGUCUAUCAAGUGAAGAAAUACAGAUAUCUUGGCUAGAUUGAGUCUUCCAAUCCAUGACCAUAGAAUGUGUCUCCAAAUGUUCUUCCUUGAGACUUUUUUAGGAGCUUCGUGGUGAUCCUCAUAGAGAUCUUGCAUAUUUUGUUGGAAGUAUACCCAGAUGUUUCUUUUGGGAGGUAAUGUGAAUUGUAAGAUGUUGUUAAUUUCAAAUCCAUCUAGUUAACUGUGAGUAGCUAGGAAAGCAAUUGAUUACUGAAGAUCAAAGUUUACUGUGCAAAUGUUAUGACUGAUCAUUAAUUCCUGGAGGCUUAUUCUUUGCUGAUCCUUUUGGAAUUUCUACAUAAAUAAUCAGAUCACCUCUGAAUAAAGUCUUAUGUUUUCAUUGCUAAAUGCAGUGCCUUGUGUUUCUAGUUCUUGUCUUAACUGCCUUUUCUAGGUCCUCCUGUAGGAUGUGGGGAUGGAGUGGCAAGGAGGGAUGUCCUUGUCCUUUUCCUGGUCCCCCUGUUUCCUGUUUACCCCCAUUAUGACUGCUGUCAGGUGAGUUUCAUUGAAGGCGUUAUUUACCAAGUUGAGGGAAUUCCUCUGUACUCUAUUGUGCUAGAAAUUUAUUAUUAUUAUUAUUUACCUUGGAUGGUAUUACAUUUGUCAACUGAUUUUACUGUGUCCUUGCAUAUGGUCCAUGGUCUGGUUAUGCAUCCCCUUCUGUCUGUUGAGAUGUGGGAUCGCCUCGAUGCCUUUUGGAUUGCUUAACCAGUCUUACAUGUUUUGGAUGAAUCCCUCUUGGCUGAGAGGUGCCAUUCUUUCCAUCCUUUGUUGGAUUUGACUCCAGCUGCCUGGCUUCUUUCUCAGACCUUCCAGAGCAGAUCACUCAUGUUGAUUGGGAGCUCUUGGAAGCCUCUUGAUUUUGGGAUUCAGAAAGAGAGGAAGCUCUUCCACCCACUGGUUCAUUCACUUGAUGGCUGCAGUGGCCAGGGCUGGGCUAGGCCGAAGCCAGGAGCCAGGAGCUUCAUCUGGGUAUCCCACAGAGCUAUCUUCCACUGCUUAUCCUGAUUCAGAUCCUGCACUGGAAGUAGAGCAGCCAGGAUAUGAACCAAAACAGUGCCCACCACAAUGUCAGCCCCAGAAACUCUUAGUUUUUUAAAACAAAUAUCACUGUGUAUAUUUAGGGUAUAGAGUGCUUUGAGACUCAUAAAGGCUUUAUAUAUGUGGUAUAACAUGCAUAGUAGCUACAGGUACCUUGGGGAGGCGUGUUAACACAGUUUGUCACAGUGAUCCACUUAUGGAUAUGUAUGACCAGAACAGCUGGGAUUGAGGCAUUCAGCAAAAAUCCCAAAUGUGCUACAAUAUAACCACAGCCCACAUGUUGUACUUGACAUCUCCAGACUUGGUCAUCCUACCUUGUACCCUUUGACGUACGCCUCAUUUCUCACCUGCCCCCAUUCAUCCUUAGUGACCACUAUUUUACUCAUGACAUCUGUAGAUUUGACUUCCUGUUCUUUCAGACUUCCUGUAUAAGUGAGAUCAUGCAGUAGUUUUCUUCUUGCAUCUGUGUUAUUUCACCUAACACAAUAUUCCUUGGCUUCAUCCACUUUGUGACAAAUGGCAGGAUCUUCUGUUUUAGAAAGGCUGAGUGAUAUCCCUAUGGCUAUUUAUAACACCUAUGGCUAUUUCCUUACCUAUUGAUUCUACAGCUUUGCUAUUGUGAAUACCACUGCAGUAAAUAUUGGAGUGCAGAUAUCUUUGAGGGAGUGAGUUCAUGUCCUCAGGGUAUAGAUCCAGGAGACUGAAUGGCUGGGUCAUAUGGUAUUUCUGUUUUUAGUUUCUUUAGGAACUUCCCUGUUCCUCUGGGGCAGCUAGAGGAAGUGGGGAAAAGAUAGUACUUGCUAGGUUUGAAAAUAAAACCCUUUGUCCAGGCAGCAAAAUACCCUCAAGGUGAGAAAUGACCUUAAUGGAAAGCUCUAAUGAGUGAUGGUAACACCUUUUGUUGAAGAGCUAAGGGCUACUGCUAUGAUGCAGUAGGCUUCCCAUAUGGGUACCGGUUUGAGUCCUGGCUGCUAUUUUUCUGAUCCAGCUCCCUGUUAAUGCACUUGAGAAAGCAAAGGAAGAUGACCCAAGUGCAUGGAUCCCUGCACUCACGUGGGAGAUCUGGAAAAAACUCCUCGUUCCUGGUUUCACAUUGGCCCAGCUCUGGCCAUCGAGGCCAUUUGGGGAGUGAAUCGGUGGAUGGAAGAAGACCUUUCUCUGUCUCUUCCUCUCUGUGUCUCUAACUCUGCCUCUCAAAUAAAUACAAAUGCUGUUUUAAAAAGUUAAAAAAAAGACAAGGUGGUGUUUAGUGAUCUUGUAAGACUUCCCAAAGAACACCCAAUAAUUGUAACAGUGCUG